CAUUUUUCGCGGUAACGUGCAAGACCGCGUCGAAACGAGCGCGCAAGCAUCAUCGUUUGUAACGUGGAAGCUUCUUUUUCGGAAUCGGAGGUUUGCAGAAUUCGUGAGGAAAUAUAUAUAUUACUCUUUGGACGCGGUGUUAACACACUCCAGUAUAAGCCACAAUGAGCAAAGUUAAAGACUCACCCCCAACGGAUAAUGAAACUGAAGAAGAAUUCAGUGUAGAAAAAGUUUUAGAUAGAAGAGUUGUAAAGGGAAAGGUGGAAUAUUUCUUAAAAUGGAAGGGAUAUUCAAAUGAUGAAAAUACUUGGGAACCAGAAGAAAAUCUUGAUUGUCCAGAUUUGAUUGCUCAAUUUGAAGAGCAACGAAAAAAGAAAGAAGCUGCAGCUGCUGCAAAACGUCAUGAAGAAAAAGAACAAAAAAAACGAAAAAGCACAAGCACACCCACACCUACACCAAAUAAGAAAAAGGCUGUAUCAGAGGAAAAGAAGGCGGAAGGUAAAGGAGGAUUUGAUAGAAAUUUAGAUCCCGAACGUAUUAUUGGUGCUACUGAUUCCAGUGGCGAGUUAAUGUUUUUAAUGAAGUGGAAGGGAACAGAUGAUGCUGAUUUGGUACCUGCUCGUCUUGCUAAUGAGAAAUGUCCACAAAUCGUUAUUAAGUUUUAUGAAGAACGAUUGACGUGGCAUAGCCCUGCUCAUGAUGAAGAGAAUUCUACAAAAGCUGACCCGGAGUAGCGUUCACCUUUCUGAUAUAAAUAUAUCGCGCGUUUUAAGAUGUGUCGCAUUUAGUGACAAAAACAGAUAUAAACUCUCCAAUUUACACUUACCUACAGUUAUUUCACUUUACAAAUCGUAUUCACAGUGUUUUUUACAAAUUGAAAAAGGUUAUAUAAACAAACUAGUAAAAUCUCAAAUAUCAAAAGA